AAAACAUAUUGACGUAAAGGACAUUGUAUUUAAAAAAAAACAUGCGCUGAUUACUUUGAAACAAAAUAUCUUAAUAACAGUUGUUUGAAGCCACUUUUUAAAGCGAAUACUUAAGGAUUUGAUUUUCUUGCAACAAAAUCUGAUGAAACAAUGCACGAAAAAGUCAUGAUUCUUCAAAAGAAAAAAAUAGAUUGUGGCCAACAUGGGAAAGACGACUAUCCGAACUGGACUCGGAAUACAAUGGGCAUGGGCAAACAAGGAUACGAAUCUAAAAUGAAUGAACACAACCAGAUGCAAAAAGUGUAUGCUGGUAUGGAAGACCAUCAUAUGGCAAAUACUCCUGGAUUGUAUACAUCAGGUAGAUCAACUUCUAGUAGCUCGAGUCCAGGAGUCCCUGGGUCGAGUCCUGCAUUGCUGGUCGUGCCACAACCAAUAAAUGCUACCAAAAUGGGUGGUAUGCAGAACGGCGGCGUCCAGCCAAGGAAAUACCAAUGCAAGAUGUGUCCUCAGGUACGUGUAAGUGAUAAUUUUUUAUUAAUUGGGGCAUUGAUCAUUUGA